AUGGUUUUUUUGACACUGCUUCGCACGGCAGCCUACUUUAUCUAUGGUGCAUACCAGCGUCGUCGGAUGCUUGGUACCAACCCACAGGCUGUUAUUGAGCCAAUGAAGAAGCACUAUACUUGCGUCUACGCCGGAAUACGAAUGGCUGAUAUCUUUGGCCACGUUAAUAACUCUAAAUAUCUUGAGAUAUGUGAACUGGCCCGUUGGCAUUACGGAGGCUACAUCGGUAUGGUGAAAAUACUGUGGGAACUAAGGGCAAGCUUUGUAGUUGCCUCUGUGAACGUGCAAUAUGUGAGAGAAAUUUUGCCGUGCCGUCGUUAUCUGGUAACAACAGAGGUGCUGCGCUUUGAAGACGCAGGCUCUUCAUCAGAUAAACCAAUCUCGGGGAAAGACGAGAGUGGGGUGGCAAGAAAUUUACCACCCGCCGGGCGUAUGGUGAUCAUGCAUGAGAUAUGGAGUAUGGACAAGAAAACCCUUUAUGCUGGUAUUUUGUUACGAGCUGCAUUGGUAGGUGAUGCAAAGUCACCCCUGGCUAUCCUCUCUGGAGGUAAGCGACGCGGCAGAUAUGCCCUGUUGGAUUGCAGGGCGGUUUACGCCGCGAUUAGAGGCGCUGAUGGUGCGAAUGAGCUGGCCAACGAGAACAUGAGGAAUUUCUACAACCGUCUCGGCUUCCAGCCAAAUCAGGAAGAUUUCAAUGGCGAUCCAUGGAUUGAGGCUUCGAUGCGUUUGGAGAAAGAAUGGCGCUCAAAGCUACAGAGUGUGAAGGAACCCUAA